UAAUAGCGAAUGUUGGCUCGAUCCAAAGCUCGUAGAGAAGGAAGGAAUGCACAACUGAUGAAUGCGGGGCUAGAAGUUUCAAUGCAUCGCAACCCCCUGCAGGAUUACAAUCACACACAGCUGUUAAAUGUAACCACACAAGUUGAAGUGACUGCAUCAAAAACUGACGGAGAACCCAUCACUAGCAAUGUAAGUGUAACACCAAAGAAAGUUGAGUGUGUCAGCCCCCAUUAUGAAGAAGGUGAUGAAAAUGCCACCAAAGAGACUAUAAAUGUAGGGAUAUCAGAGAAACCAGGGUGCACCAGUGCUAUCAGAGACAGUGCUCGUUCUAGACUUCGUAGGCUUGGAGCCUUAUAUGCAGACUCACAGCUGUCAUCGCCAAUCCAUAAAACAGAGGCACAUUUCAGUGCAGAACAAGCUGAAGUAGAGAAUGAAGUGCCACAACGAACACAUUCGAAGAUGAAAUCAGGAGCUCGGCUAGCCAAGUUGGCUAUGCUUGCUGACACUAUCAGACACUGGGAGGACGAAGUCAGCCAUCCUACUGCUGUUUCUUCACAUGCUAGUCCAGACCCAAAUAAAGGAAGCUCUGGUAAUGAUGCCAACCACACUACCAGUACUGCAGAAACAUUGAGUUCCAAAAUAGAGAGCAAACCAAAUCCUGACCAGCAGUGUUUGAAAGUGGCUAAAACAAAGCAAUUUAUGUUGGAUGAGAACACUGUUGCAACUCUUGAAGCACAAGGAUUCUCACGCACUCAAUCUAAAGCUAGACUUGUGUAUGAUUAUUCAAAACAUUCUCCACAGGGUGAGGAGAAUGAUGAUAAGACAUGCAACAUUCCUGCUCCAGUUUCCAGUGAUGAAGUCAAAAACAAGCUGGCAACUAUACAAGAAAAUGUCUCUGAGACACUGCUGGAUUCAGUGAAGUUACUGCCAGUUCAGGUAGGAAACAAGGGUUCACAAACUCCAGUGAUGGGAAUGAAUAUCCUUCAUAGCAGCUCAAGCAACAAGUUAACCAGUUCUCCAGGGAAAAGAAAUGUUCUGCCCAGAUCAACUGGAAGUCCAUGCGUACCAAAUGUACCACAGAUGGGACUUCGUGUUGGUAGUCCUCGCAAAGGAGAUUCAUCUCCAAAAAUUGGCUCAGUACUUCACAAAGCUGCUCUCUUUGAGUCAAGCCCAACAAAGAAGAAUAGCAAAGAUCCCACUGAGCUCUCUGUAGCAGAGAGGCUUGCAAUGUUUGAACAUAACAAGGGGCAAGCUCUGAUGCCUAAGGCUGCAUUAUCAAUGCCUGUUCCUGCCAAAUAUAUUGCAGGUAGUAGUGAUGGGCAGAAAAGUAUUCCCAGUAAAGUCUAUUCCCCUGGGAAGGGGAACAGGAUGGUCAACAGCACAGUGACACAGCUGCAGGAAUCUGUGACAUCUAACACCAAUGCCAAGACAGUUUUGCCACCUGGAAAACAAAGUGGCCACGUGGUGAAACAAGCUAACAAAUCCUGUGUUGCUGAUACUGCUCUUUCACCAGCAGCUCCUUCUGAGGACUUGCCAACAAGAUCCAGCAAGGCUUUGGCUCAAAUGUUUGAACAAGGCAAUGCAUUUGCGGUACAUAAUGCCGCUAUUGAGAAUGUGCAAUCAGAACGACAACAGGAAAUGGCAAUGUUGUUGAAUCGCUGGAACAGGAACAAACAGUUGGCUUCUUCAAAAGAAUGCAAUGUGAAUACUGAUGGCACAAACAAUACGACUGCUGUACAGGCCGAUCAGAUGAAACAGGAGUGCUGUGGACCUCCCCCUCCCCCUCCAUUACCAACUCCUGCAGAUUUAUUGCAAGUGCAGGCAGAUGGAAGGCCUCCAGGAUCUACACCAUCAAAGACGAGCCAUGACUCUAACGUAUCACCUCUGAAGAACUCACCAGUGAAAUAUUUGAAUGUAUCAAAAUUAUCUUCCUCAGAAAAAAAGAAAGCCCAGAAUUGUGAGAGAUAUAAAGGAUUGACAGAUAUGAAGCGUAUCAAGGUCAGUCCACCUAAACGUGGCCAUCUGUAUCCAUGCCUGUCUGAUAUUGAAGCAGCAACAGAGACAGAGAGUGAAAUUCCAGAUGAAAGCAUUUCUGAUAUGGAGUCUAGUGACGGGGAGAGUUCACGGGAUACAAGUUUUGGACGUGAAAUCCUGACGGCAGCAGGUAUACACAGACCACUCCACACUAUAAAUCAAGGACAGGAAUCCCAGACAGAUACCAGUGAUGAUGAAUCUGCUGACAUGGAAAAUGUUGGUGAUUUGUUGGAGGAAGCUUUAUCUGUUUGUCACGAUUCAGAGACAUCUCCAUCACCAUCAAAGAAAGCCAAGGCUAAUCAUCAGUCUCCACAGAGAGGUUGCAUUGACCAAGGAAGGAAACAAAUCUGUUCUAGCCCAUCCACAUCUCAGUCACAUAGUUUUGAAUAUUCAAAAGGUUCAUCAUUUGUUGAACUGGAACCAGACUCCACACCAAGGAAGGUUGAACACAUUCCUGCCUUUGUUGUUGAAGGCAAUGAACAGGUUCCACUUAUGCACACUGUCAGCUUAUAUCGUCGACAACAAAAAAUGGCUGUGAAGGGAACUCCAGUCCGCCAGGUGGUGAGACAGCCAGAACCUGAACCAGAAGAAUUCUCAAGUGAAGAGGAAAUGGAGUCAAAUAAGGAAGCUGUGUGCAAUAAAAUAUCAGAGCUGGUGGGUGAGGUGAAGAAACAAGAGAUAAUGAUUUCACAGGCGACUCAGGCGCUUAAUUUCUGCUAUUCAACUAUUGAGUUCUCAGGUUCAGCAGAGCAGGUUGAAGGAGAAAGGUUGCUACUUGCUGCAACUCAUCGCCGACAAGCUGCACUGCAUGAACUACAACGAUUGCGGAUAGAAGGCAGCCUGAGGCCAAAGGGCUGCAGCUCUGAACUGUCAGUGCGGGGAUCACUUAUCAUAUCUAAUGUAACCUUACCGUUGACGAGAGACUAUCUUCAUACAGUGGCUGCAGGUGAAUGGUGCCAUCAUUAUAUGUACUUGGUGCGCUCUCAGGAGCAAGUGGUGGCCUCACAAGUUCUGGCUGCCACAAGUGAGAACCUGCGUCAUGAGGGAGGUGCAGCUCUGCUGUUCCCUGGUUCUGUGAAACUUUCUGGCCUAUAUAGUGAUUUCAAAGUGACACUUGAGGUAUACAUCUUGCAGACCAACAGAGAAGUGCUGCCUCAUGAUGUCAAAUACCAUAUCUUGGGCAAGAAGGAUGGCAGUGGUAAUAAAUUACGUCUGACUCCCAAGAAGUUGUUGAAGCAAGAAUCUCGUAUGAUGAGGCCAUCAGUAGAGUCACCAGCUGGCCCAUCAGCUGUCCGCUCACCAGCUUUCAAGAUGUCAGGCUAUAUGGUAUUCUCAUUGCAAGAACUGAGACGCACACAGUUCAUUCUCAAUAAGGUAGCAUAUUCUUCGUUGGAAGGUAAUAUACGGCUGCAACUGAGCACAGAACUUGAGCAGAAUGUACGGGAAAGGGGAUUUCUCACCAUGUUUGAGGAUGUGUCAGGGUUUGGAGCAUGGCAUAGGAGAUGGUGCCUGCUUGAAGAUGCAGUUCUUUCAUAUUGGAAAUAUCCAGACGAUGAGAGAAAGAAGGAUCCAAUUGGACAGAUAGAUCUCAGUACAUGCAUCACAAAGGAUGUGAAUCAGGUAUCACGUACUGUUUGUGCACGGCCACAUACAUUUUUAUUGACAACUGUGCAACCAGCAUUGCCUGGCGAUGAGGAUUCUCUGGUCCUAGAACGACGUGGCCCACACACUGUCAUUCGACACCUACUGUCAGCAGACACACGGGAGGAUCGCCUUCUGUGGUGUACACAACUUAACAAGACUCUGGACAUGUUGAGGGCUUGGGGGAGUAAUCUUCCAGUUAGUCCCAAGUCUUGCAUUCAGAAGUCUGCUAACUGUAGUUGAAUUGCAGUUACCUUCAAUCAUUGAACUGUUUUGUGGAAACUUCUGCUUGUUUGACUUUGUAAAGAGAAAUAUUUUUUUAAUGCUUAUAAGAGAGGAAAGGUAGCACUUAAUAUUUAAAAAUUUGCACUAGUAUUGAAAUAGCUUGCUUGUACACUGUGGGUUUGGGUCAUGCUCGAACAAUAUAAUGCUCAAGGAUGCAUGAAUAUAUUAUAAUUUAAAUUCUAAAGGGCUCUAACAAAGCUGUAUAACACUCAGAAUUACUGACUUGAUGAUGGACAAAGUCAAUUCUUUAAGGGAAAGACAGUCCACUGAUUCAGUAGAAACUUUUAGAUUUAAAUGAAGAGCUGAAAUUAUGUAAAUUUUAACAAAUAUCACCAAUGUUCAUUGUUUUUAAUCACAUUUUAUAACUUUUCAUAACAGGCUGUUAUAUAUAUAUAGUUUUGAAUUGUCCUUGUCUUCAUAAGCUCAUAGCCUAACAGCAGGUAAAUGUGAAUUUGCUGUUAUUUAUUACAAGUGGAGAAUUAGUCAUAGUUUUAAUUUUUAUCAUUCAUAAGUCCAUCUCCCAAAUGCACCUGUUAAAUAUACACCUCAUACAUCCAUGAUCUUCUUAGUUACAGCAAUGGGCUCAGAUAUUUAUUUGUUCAAUCUUCAAGGAGUGCAUCCUUUUGUGUUAUCACUGCGUAUAUAUAUUGGUUUUUACUGUCGACAACAAAUCGCCAGAUAUUUCACUCACAGUUUUAUGGUGUUAAUUGUACAUUUAUUUGGGUUAAAAUACAAUUUUGCUAUGUUUGUGCUUUUCAUGAAGCCAUCAUCAGGCAAUACAUUCUACAAACUUAAAUUAUCAAGUCUGUAAUUUGUAUAUGGAUCCAUAUUGUAAUGUGUUUUAAGUUCGGAUCCCACUUUUGACACCAGUGUAACAUGUUUGGCUACU